GAUCCGCACUCACGUCUCAUGACACCAAACAAUGCCCUCUCGGAUUCCACAAUGUCUACGACCACUGCGUCCAGUUCCGCACGCAGUCUGCCACGUGGCACGAGAUGAGCAACGAGUGUUUUAACAUCGGCGCCGACAUGGUCAAGCUCGACGACACAAACUUCAUGUACUACUUGGUCAAUUUCAUCAAAGACAAUGGACUGGAUGGCCAUCAUUACUGGAUCGGCGCCACAGACACUGAGGAAGAAGGCGUCUACAGAUGGAUGGAUGGAACGCCGUUCUGGGGCGACAACGGCGACCAGAAGCAGGAACCCGACGGCGGAACUGACCAGAACUGCGCAUACAUGGCGAUGGAUGAUCACUUCUUUAUGAUGGACACAAAGUGUGAUUUAAAUUUGUCCGUUAUCUGUGAAAUAAACUGCAUGUAUUCCGCCACCUGUCGCCUUGCCUGCUCGUGCUCCUUCACACGCAAGUGCUUGGUAAUCUUCCACGUGUUCAGGGACGCGGCGGAGCAUAAAAGGCGCAGCGUUGCCCCGUGGAGGCAGAGAAGCAUCGCCAUGAGGCCCCUUGCCCUCCUCCUGCCUUUCCUGCCGCUGCUGACAGGAUCCGCACUCACGUCUCAUGACACCAAACAAUGCUCUCUCGGAUUCCACAAUGUCUACGACCACUGCGUCCAGUUCCGCACGCAGUCUGCCACGUGGCACGAGAUGAGCAACGAGUGUUUUAACGUCGGCGCCGACAUGGUCAAGCUCGACGACGCAAACUUCAUGUAUUACCUGAUCAAGUUCAUCAAAGACAAUGGGCUGGAUGACCGUUAUUACUGGGUCGGCGCCUCAGACGAAGGCCACGAAGGUGUGUUCAGGUGGACGGACGGGACGGCGGUCAAGAUGGGGACGCCGUUCUGGGGUUAUCACAGCAACAAUUGGCAGGAACCCGACGGCGGAACUGGCCAGAACUGUGCAGUUUUGUCAAGAGAUGAUCACUUCUUUUUGCUGGAUGGAGACUGUGAAUCAAGAUUCUCCGUUAUCUGUGAGAUGUACUGACGAAGGUCAGUAUAUCUGCUGAUCAGUUGACAUAUAUAAGUUGAUAUUCCUUGUCUUAGAAACGCUUAUUUAUAGAGACUGCUUCGAACACAGUACCCUUCUUUGAUUACUUCCCUGGAAGUUACCCCUAAUGCUCCUUAAAAAAUAAGGCCAUUCCUUCUGUAUGGACUCUUCCUAAAUAUGAGUAGCAGAAGUAUUGUAUCACAUCGCUUGGAAGUUUUGGAAGUGCCAAAGGAAAUCUAU